AUGGUCGCUACUGAGAUUCCUCAGCACUACACUGCCUCGCCUUCGUCGCACAUUGGCACCCCUCAUUUGACCAUCAACAAGGAGGCUACCAUCGAUCUCGACUCUACCAACUCGUUUGAGGGUCCUGAGAAGCUCUUGGAAGUAUGGUUUAGCGCUUCUGCUACCGAACUGCCUGGACAGGCCGGCCCAACUGGACUGAAGACGGUUUCGGCAGAUGUCUGGAAGGACAUGCUCGAUCUUGUCAACUGCAAGGUUCUCUCUGUCAUCGAGUCUGAACAUGUCGACGCUUACCUCUUGUCCGAGUCGAGCAUGUUCGUCUUUCCUCACAAGGUCGUGCUCAAGACCUGCGGAACCACAACUCUACUAUGGGGUCUCACCCGCAUGCUGGAGAUUGCUGCAGGGGUCGGCUUCCCCUUCGUUGCACCCAAGGCAUCAGGCGUCGCGCCAGCCGCCACACCAUACCGCGUGUUCUACAGCAGGAAGAACUACCUCUACCCCGAUCAGCAGCGUGGACCCCACCGCAGCUGGCGUGAUGAGGUUCGCUACCUUGACGACCGCUUCCAGGGCGGUAGUGCCUAUAUGAUAGGCAAGAUGAACGGCGAGCAUUGGUACCUCUACAUCACCGGUCCAGACACCAGCCUCACUCCACCUCCCAGUCCUGGUGAGGAGAAGCUUGCGCCUGAUACCGAGACAAAGUUCGUGAGCCACCCUCAACGCAUGUUGCGUGAGCAGGCAACCGACGAAGAAGAGGACGAGACUCUGGAGAUCCUGAUGACCGACCUCGAUGAGAAGAACGCCCGUCAGUUCUAUCUAGAGGACGCAAGUGCGGUUGCGGAAGGUCGCUACAUCCAGAGGGCCCGUGAGGCUCGCAAGAACGCCAUCCAAUCCCUAGGUACCAUUGCGGAAGAGAAUGGUCACAGCGAGAGCCUCGGCGGCUCUACUGUCCUCAACUCUGCUGCUAACACCCACACCUCCGAUGACAGCUUCGACGUGUUUGAGCAGACUUCUUCUGACCACUCUGGUUUCAACUCUGAUGAGGAGCUUACUUUCCCUGAGGAGUUGACCACUGAGGGCCACACGCUCGGCACGGUCGUUUCUGAGCACUGUGGUCUAGCCGAUGUUUACCCUACCUCCAAGUACCCCGACGCCCGCAUCGACGCCUACCUGUUCACGCCCUGUGGCUUCUCUGCCAACGGCGUCAUUCCCGCCCCAGGUGGUGCUCCCAACGGCUCCAAGAAGGGCUCUGAUGCCACCCACUACUUCACUGUACACGUCACACCUGAGCCCCAGUGCUCCUACGCCUCGUUCGAGACCAAUGUACCUGCCCGCCAGACUGGUAGGGAGACGGCUGACGUUGUCGAGCAUGUCGUCGGCAUCUUCAAGCCUGGCAGGUUCAGCGUCACUCUUUUCGAGGCUAAGCCUACUGCUGACGAGAUGCCCGCCAAGAACAUUGAGAAGGCGAAGAGGAUGGAGACAAUUGCGGGAUACCGUCGCGUCGACCGCAUUGUACAUGACUUGGAUGGCUACGAUCUUGUCUUCCGAUACUACGAGCGCAAUGAUUGGAAGGGUGGAAAGCCUCGACUUGGCGAGAUCUUCUAG